GCUUUUAGAUUUUCAGAGUAGCAAAACUUUAGUAAUAUUUUUUUUUAUAUAAAAAUAGUACAAAAAAAGUUUUGGGAGAUUUUUUUCUAUUCUUAGGGCGUAAAAUUUUUAAAUACAUCCCUCGUUUCAGGUCGCCCCUUCCUUGCGCCCAAAGACAGGUAGGUGCCAAAGGUAUCCCCUUGUGUAGACAUGCCGGUGGUGGAGCAAAAAAAAAAUGGGUUGGUAAACGCCUACUCCCUCUCCUAGAACAAUUUCCGAGUCUACCUCUAAAUAAUAAUUAGCACUAAAUACUGUUGUUUUGUAGUAUUAGUGUAAUACCAUAGACCAAAUGAAAACUAUUUUCAUAUCUGUGGCAAUAAGGAAUAGAUAAUAACUGAUAACACAAGUAAAAUAAUUAACCUUUAACGUUUUCAUAAUGUUAAGAAAUAAUUUAUAUUACCCCUGUAAGGUUGUUUUACAAUUGUGACAAGUUAUUUUAAUACACUGAUACUUUUAAAUUAUUUCGUGGGAUGUAAUGUAGUAAUUUUUAUCAUAACUAAUAAGGAUCUAAAUUUUAUCUAAUAAACAACAUUCUAGUUACACUGAAAAUUUUUGCAACUUAUUUUCAAAAUUGAGAUUUAAAAAAAUGGAAUUUGUUUGAAUAAGUAAUAUUUUAUUUUAUUCAUCAAACUAUACAUAGAGAAAAUGGAUCAAUAUAAAAACGAAAUAGAAAAAUGUGUUGAUUGGAUUAAACAAGGAAAUUAUGAAACAGUGUGUAUUCAAUUACCUGAUAACAUGUUACACAUUAGUGUAGAAAUAUCAUUAGAAUUUGAAAAAUUGUUAGGCUUUCGAGUAUAUAUACUUGGUGAUACAUCUUAUGGCAGCUGUUGUGUUGAUGAAACAGCAGCUCAGCAUGUAAAUGCUGAUUGUGUGAUUCAUUUUGGACGAGCAUGUCUUACACCAACUAGCUGUCUUCCUGUGUAUUACAUUUUACCAAAACAAAAUUUAGACAUACAAAAGUGUUCUACCAUAAUACUUGAACAAUUUAGUUCUAUAGAUGAACCAAUUUUAGUUUUAUAUGAUGUUGUUUAUCAUCACCUACGAAAUUAUUUAGUUGAAUCGUUAGCUUCUAUUAAAUCAAUUGUUAUUUCUAAUCUUGAUUUACCUCAUAGUGAAGAAAAUAAAGAUGUUGUAAAAUUGUUUGGUAGACAAUUUAGUGAUUGCAAUUAUAAGUAUAUUAUCUAUUUAACAUUUGAUAAUUACAUGAAUAAUGUAAACCGUUUCAUAUUAAAUAAACAAGGAUCUGAAGUAUAUCUCUACAAAAAUAAUUUUGAUGUUUUAAUUGAAGAAUCGUUAUCAAAAGUUAUUAAACAAAAAUAUUAUAUUCAUGAGAAAAUUAAAGAUUGUACUCACAUUGGUAUUCUUAUAUGUAGUUUGAGUAUGAAAGGAUUAAUGGAUCAUAUUAAAAAAGUUAAAAGUUUAUGUAAAGCUCAUAAUAAAAAGAGCUACAUUUUUUCGGUUGGAAGACCAAAUGUUGCCAAACUAGCCAACUUUCCUGAGGUUCAAAUCUUUGUUAAUAUUACUUGUUCAGAAGGAGUAAUUGAAAAUAAAAAAGAAUUUAUGCAACUAAUUGUUGGUAUUGAAGAUAUUGAGGUAGCUCUCUUUCAAGAAAAUACUGGUAAGUUGGUAAUAAGUAUUUUCAAUAUGUUUCUAUUUUUUUUUUUUUCAGAUAUUCCUGAUGUAUCAUUAGUUUCAAAUAAAUUAAGAAAUAUUCAAUCUUUAAGUGAAAAUUUGACAGCGUCAUCAGCACUAACUUCAAGAUCAGACAUGUCCUUGUCUUUAACUACUCAAAAUCGAACUUGGAUAGGAUUGAACCCACUUGAUAACAGGCCACCUAUUGCUUUGGCAGCAGAAGGAAGAAAAGGUACUCCUAGCACAGGGUAUACAACUCAAAAUUCAAAUUUUCACAGUUAAAAUUUGAUUUAUAUCUAAAUUAUAUUUUUACUUAAUUGUAAAUAUAAUUGUUGAAAAUAAAGAAUAUUUUUAAACUA